UCAGUCGUGUCCUCGCAGAAGCUGCUGCUGCUGCUGCUGCUGCUGCUGCUGCUGCUGCUGCUCAGACGUGAUUCCGGUGUGAAAACGCGGGACUUGAGUUUGCUGCUGCUGUGAAAGUUUGUUGGACUCACAGAGACAGAGAUGUCGUUGUUUGUGCUGCUGCGUUCACUGCACUGCAGAGAGACAACAGGAGCUCGGCCUUAGAAAUAACACGUUUAGCAGGCGGUCGAAUACUUUUGUAAACACGGUGUAUGAAGAAUUUUACUGGAAUAUUUGUGAACGUGAGUUCAUCAUCUGCAUAAAAGAGAAACAGUUGCAGUGGACCUCGCCAUCCCUCAUCUUUGUUGUCUUCAUUUUUUUUUGGUUGUUUUUUAAACCUCACUGAUCAGCUGAUCCUGAUGGAAGCAAGAGGAAAGUACGAAUUUGUCGCAACAGCGGACGAUGAGCUCAGCUUCAGAAAAGGCGACAUUCUGAAGAUUCUGAGUCCACAGGACGAUUGGUACAAAGCAGAGAUGAAUGGAGAAGAAGGUUUUGUGCCACAAAACUACCUGGAACUGCAACAUCCGAGGUGGUUUCAGGAGAACGCCAGUCGCAACGAUGCCGAGGAUCUGCUGAGACACAAGGAUAUCGGAGAGUUCGUGAUCCGAGGCUCGCAGAGUUCGCCGGGAGAAUUCUCCAUCUCUGUCAAACAUGAAAGUGACGUUCAGCACUUCAAAGUGCUGCGCGACAACCAGGGCCAUUACUUCCUGUGGUCAGAGAAGUUCACGUCCCUCAACAAACUGGUGGACUUCUACAAGAACACCUCCAUCUCCAAGACCAGGGAGAUGUACCUCCAUGACGGCACCUCGGCCAACAGGAACGUCUGUACGGCUCAGAUGAAGAGGGGAAGUUUGCCUGAACAACACUCAGCUGCAGCGAUCGUAGCCGGACCGCGACGAGCGUCAGACCAACCACACAGUCAGCUGGUGAAGAGAGUGGGUCUGGAGGAACGAGCUCACACCAUCGGUCACACAGGGAGAAACAGCCCCGUCACGCCUGCUGCAAAUGUUCCACGUCGUUCGUCUGAGACCAUGCCUCUGCCUCAGAAACCGGCCACAAUGCAGGUGAAGGCACUGUACGACUUCACCGCCGAGGAAGAUGAUGAGCUGGGCUUCUCCGCCGGUGACGUCAUCGAGGUGCUGGACCGCUCGGACGUGUCCUGGUGGAGAGGACGUCUACGAGGGAAGACCGGGCUGUUUCCUGCCAACUACACCAUGACACAGCUGUGAGGGAAGAUUUCACAUGCUCACUCUGCAGGUGAUGAAUUUGUGACUCAUCCCAGUCUCUACAACCACACAUCAAAGACUUGUGUGUGUGUAUGUUUUCACACUGACAUGUUUGUGUCACACGUGGGUUAAUAACAUCUGUGGAACUACAUGUUCGUAUUUAUUUGAAAAAGUGCUUAUUGGCCAAUGAAUGGAUGAAUGGUUUCUGC